CAGACCUACAACUCUAAGCUGCUGUUUUCUCCAUGCAGCAAAUAGGCCUACAGUUUGUAGUAUAUAGUCUUGUAUUUGAUGCAAUUCAUAAUGCUUAGAACAGGGAUUGUAAUGUUUGUCUUACAGUAUGUAAGACAAGCAGUAUGCUCCCUGACCUUUACCCCCUGACCCCUGUGCCUCAGGUAUCUGGAUCAAACCAACCCGAGCAUCCAGGAUGAGGGAUAAGAGAGCAGAUUUCUCAGCCGGAUGUCUGGGAGGAAGGGUCAUCGUUGCGGGGGGACUAGGAAACCAGCCGUCACCCCUGUCGUCAGUGGAGAGCUACAACCUUGUGAAGCGACGUUGGGAGUAUGCUGCCCCGAUGCCCAGCCCCCGUUGCUGCUGUGCCCCCCUGCAGACCCCCAACAUGCUGUUCCUCAUCGGGGGUGUGGCCCAGGGGCCCAGCAACGCUGUGGAGGCCCUCUGUCUCAGAGAGACUGUGUGACACACACACAUGCACAGAGACACACACUAACACGGCUACUACACACACUCACAAAAAAAUACACAGGAAAUGACUGUGGCGCUAUUUGUGCAUACACCAGUACAAACACAUUAUUUGUGCACAGGUGAGGGACACACACACUCAUACAGACUCAUAUUUGACCUGGACACCAUCACAACAUCACAAAGGAGUUGUUGAACAAAUAACAACAAACAAAAAGCACCACACACAAUACUCAUUUGAACAUGACUGCAUUUUCAGGAAAAAAGCAGGGUACUUUUAUGGAAAUUAAAGGAAUUUAGGGCCAUAUCUGUUUCACCACAGCAUAUCUAUUUCACCACAGCAUCAUAUCUAUUUCACCACAGCAUCAUAUCUGUUUCACCACAGCAUCAUAUCUAUUUCACCACAGCAUCAUAUCUGUUUCACCACAGCAUCAUAUCUAUUUCACCACAGCAUCAUAUCUGUUUCACCACAGCAUCAUAUCUAUUUCACCACAGCAUAUCUAUUUCACCACAGAAUAUCUAUUUCACCACAGCAUCAUAUCUAUUUCACCACAGCAUCAUAUCUGUUUCACCACAGCAUAUCUAUUUCACCACAGCAUCAUAUCUAUUUCACCACAGAAUAUCUAUUUCACCACAGCAGUGUCUAGUUGCAGUGGCUUGUUUACACAUUUUCAUUUAAUCACCUUAAAAACGUUCAGAGUUUAGGAUACAACUUUGGAGUAUGUGAGUGUGUGUGUUUUGGUCCCUGUUGUUAACGUUAAUGUUAAUGUUAACGUUAUUAAAAUCCCAGACUCCUGAAUACCACCUCUAGAAUUGCCGGCCAAUACCUGCGCUGUGGCACCAGAGACUCAGAGUAGAGCUCUUUGACACAAAGCCACAUUUCCCUGAAGCUUAAAUACAUGUUUUUGGAGAGAGAAAAAAAUACAUCAUAUUUUACAUCAGUUUAGUUUAGCAAUGAAACUUCAGAGAAUGAAACCAUGUAAGAGUUGUUUUUAAUGGGGAAAAGCAAUAGCUCUUAACGGGAAGUCCUCCUGUACAUAUACCAUGCUUAUUCAACCUUUGAACUAACAGGAAAUAGAGGGAACACCCAGGAGGGAGUGGGAGGGGUUUUAGAGAUAGUAUUGGUGGACAGAGGGUGACGGUCACAUUAGAUUGGCCUCAUAAUACUGUAUAUUUUUAGUAUGUAUUUUAUGAGGGUUUUCUUUCCUUGCGUCUCCCCUGUUGAACCCCACAUUCAUUGGAUCAUGAGCUGGCUUUGACUCUGUCUGAUUACAGCAUCUCCUGAUUCAUGACUGAUUAUCUUUAUCAACGUCUCCUGCUGGGUAGCUCUUCCAUGUGCUAAAUUACAGGUUGGUUAGGAGGGAUGCAGGAGGCCGGUUAGGAGGGAUGCAGGAGGCCGGUUAGGAGGAAUGCAGGAGGCAGGUUAGGAGGGAUGCAGGGAGCCGGUUAGGAGGAAUGCAGGAGGCAGGUUAGGAGGGAUGCAGGAGGCCGGUUAGGAGGGAUGCAGGAGGCCGGUUAGGAGAGAUGCAGGAGGCCGGUUAGGAGGGAUGCAGGAGGCCGGUUAGGAGGAAUGCAGGAGGCAGGUUAGGAGGGAUGCAGGGGGCCGGUUAGGAGGAAUGCAGGAGGCAGGUUAGGAGGGAUGCAGGAGGCCGGUUAGGAGGGAUGCAGGAGGCCGGUUAGGAGGGAUGCAGGAGGCAGGUUAGGAGGAAUGCAGGAGGCAGGUUAGGAGGGAUGCAGGAGGCCGGUUAGGAGGGAUGCAGGGGGCAGGUUAGGAGGGAUGCAGGGGGCAGGUUAGGAGGGAUGCAGGAGGCCGGUUAGGAAUACUGGCCCUGCUUAGGAGGACUACAGAGGGCUGGUUAGGAGGGCUGCAGGGUUCAUGACACUCAUAUGACACUAGCAGGGGGCAGGUCAGAAUUAUGAAAUCAUCUCAGAUGAGCUAUCAUUAUCAGACUCCUGACAUGACUCAGACCAUAAUGAAACUCUCAACCAUAUUCAUAUUCUAGAGACUAUUAAAUAGCUUAUGGUUUCAUUCUAGCACAUAGACACACCCCCCCACACUUACACUCCCACAACCACAUACAUAUUUCUAGAAAAACGUUGUUGAUGAUGUCAUUGAGAUGUUCCCUUGGGGAGUGCAGUGUCUUUCUAAACACACUUUAGUGCCAGUUGAUAGAUGUAUUUCUGGCUACGUGGGAAGUUGUGUUUCUGUGUGCUCCAAGACUCACCACAUGGAUCUGGCUGGUUGGCAACAGCAAUAAAGUGAUGGAUAGAAUGCAAAUAUAUGUACAUACGGAACUGGAUUCUCAUGGAGUGGAGAGAGAAUGCUGUGUUCGGUAACAGUCUGCAGGAGGAACCAGGGUCUCUUCGGCAGAACACUCUGGUUUCUAAGCUGAGAGAGAGAGAGAGAGAGAGAGAGAGAGAGAAUCAUUUUUCAGAUGUGCUCUGGCGCUGACAUGACAUAUGACUCAACAGUGUAAACUGCAGUUGACUCUAGUUCUGUACUGUAAUCCUACUGCUGUUGGCUUCAUAAACAGUCUUGUAGAUCAUUCAGUACAUUUAUUUUUCCCAUUUGCUUUCUUUAUAGUAGAGAUCCCUUCUAAACAGUCUAUUAGACUCAGGUUUUAUAUACGAUAUGUCUCUCUGCCUUCUCUUCCUGGGAUCAAAGAUGCUGAAUCCACACAUGACAUAUUUCCAUACUUACUUGCAUUUGAGUAAUAUAAAUCAUUUCAGAACUGUGUCUUAUUUAUUUUUACCAUCAAAGACUCUGUUUUUGUGCGGUUCACUGUGAACACCUGGUGUCGAGGCAACAGUCACACCCGCAAGUAGCAUUACUGUGUAACAGUCAGUGAAGUAUUGUUGCUUUUCCUUCCAAAAUAAAUUAGUAUUUUAAAUAAUUUAUAUUAUCUCUAAAAAAAAUGUCCCUGUUUGCUAUAUUUUGUAUUUUUCCAGUUUGUUGUUUUAACACCACUGGGCUUCUACAUGUCUAUUUGCAUUGUGUGGGUUGAGCUGUACAAGGUCAUGUUUGUAGUGGUGUUGCCCUGUCAUGUUGACACUUGAUCUGUUCUCUCUAUGAUGCUGUGCUGUGAUGUGUUUCCAUGGUGCGUAACCAGGGUGAUGGUGUUAGCUGAUGAUCUCUGACUGUAACCUGUGCAUCCCGAACUCCUGUCUCAACGAAGGGAGGCUAUGCAGUAUGUCUGAACAUCACAGAGGGGUUCAGUGGGAAAGAAAGCUUGUCACAAUUUUUAUUAUUUUUAUAUCAGGUUUACAUUUGAAGCAAGGAGGCCAGAUAAGUUUUCUUUGGUCAAGAUACAUGUGUACACAAACACACGCACACUAAUGAUGUCACAGCUCAUCCACAUUUGGAGAAGGAGAUUCCUAUACAUUGUAGAAUAUGAGUGAGUAGAGGAACAACUGUGCCAAUACUUAGUCUGUCGCUGAUCCUAAACAAAUCAAGAGAUAUCUGAAUCAAGAAGAAUAGGCCACUCCCACACUGAUCUGGUGUGUGGUAACAUUCAUGUUCUAACUGACAAUCAGCAGGAAGUGUUUUAUUCCUAUAAUAUGAGGUGAGGUGAUCAGCAGGAAGUGUUUUAUUCCUAUAAUAUGAGGUGAUGUGAUCAGCAGGAAGUGUUUUAUUCCUAUAAUAUGAGGUGAGGUGAUCAGCAGGAAGUGUUUUAUUCCUAUAAUAUGAGGUGAUGUGAUCAGCAGGAAGUGUUUUAUUCCUAUAAUAUGAGGUGAGGUGAUCAGCAGGAAGUGUUUUAUUCCUAUAAUAUGAGGUGAGGUGAUCAGCAGGAAGUGUUUUAUUCCUAUAAUAUGAGGUGAGGUGAUCAGCAGGAAGUGUUUUAUUCCUAUAAUAUGAGGUGAGGUGAUCAGCAGGAAGUGUUUUAUUCCUAUAAUAUGAGGUGAGGUGAUCAGCAGGAAGUGUUUUAUUCCUAUAAUAUGAGGUGAGGUGAUCAGCAGGAAGUGUUUUAUUCCUAUAAUAUGAGGUGAGGUGAUUAUCAGCCCAAACAAUGAGUCUGAGUAGUUAUUGUCAAAAAAACAAUUGGUUCCAAAAAUAUUUGAAUUGGGCUGCAUGUGUAAAUGCAGCCCUAGAGACCGGAUGAGGAGACACGUUUAUUAGUUGACAAUGUGCAGAGGAGAGCUUCAGGCAUUUUGACAGAGCUCCGGUCUGACAGAGAGAUGCCUGGAUGGAUUCCUGUAAUUGUGUUUUGAUUAUGUUCACCGGUCCAGUAAGACAUUGUUACAGUAAUGUGGUACAGGUACAGUGCCCGGCUGAGUUGUGACUCUAGUACAGUAAGACAUUGUUACAGUAAUGUGGUACAGGUACAGUGCCCAGGCUGAGUUGUGACUCUAGUACAGUAGUUCAGUGCCUAUAAAUGUGAGGUAGUGCCUCGACCAUGAAUUCUUUAAUAAACUAUUUUGACGUGCUGUCUGAUUGGAUUGAGUAUGUGUGGCAUUAUUUCUGUCUUUUUCUCUUUCACAUUAACAGCAGAGCAGGCAGCAACCAGAGGCCUCGUCUGCGCUGCAGUGUGUAUUUCAAUGUCUACUUAGCAGAGGUGUAACGAAAUGUGAGAAAAUGUCACCUCGUUCAUUAUAGAUGAGCCAGGCGGUAGAAGGUUUCUGCUCCUGUGGUGAGAAUGGAAGUGGUGUGCCUUCACGAUAUAAUGACUUUGAGGUAUGACUGCACGGUCCACUGGUUCUCAAAAUGAGUUAUUUCAUUUUUUUACCAUUUCAUUGUAAAUAGUAUGUCAUCUGCACUGAGUGUCAUCAUAUUCAACAGAACGGUGUGUAACGUAGAAUUCCAUGUACCACGGGACAACAAAGACUGGAAUACGACAGAGAAGUAUUUCAUAUUUCUACUGAUGUACUCUGUUUACCAGGAGCUACUUAUAAACAUAGCUAAUGUCCCCGUUUCUAGUUACAAAGUUCCAUAAUUGUACAUCAUAAUGUCAAUGAAUAAACGUUGUCUUUAA